GGAUUACGGAAACCAGGUGCGAUGGCCGAGGAGAGCAGCAGCCGCAAGCGGAGGGCGGUCGCGCUGCUUCGCGAGGUCGGUUCGGUUGACCCCGAGCAGUAUGCGACGCUGAAGCAGCUCAAGGCCAUGGACGACCACGUCUCGGGCACCAUCCACCGCAACCUUCGGCGGCUCGAGGCGCUCGCGCAAGCACCGCCAAAGAUGACCAAGGCCACGCUCGUGGUGACAAUGACGUACUCGCACGACCCGAGCGCGAUCGUCGCCGACACUGCAAGCGACAAGAACGCGGGGCAAUGGACCUUUCGCGUGCAGGCGUCGAUCGAAGGUGGCUUACCGUGCUCCAAGACGUUCUCGCACUUCUUCCGCAAGGCCAUCGUCGAGCUGGACGAGCGCAUGUACCCGCAGCCCAACACGACGACCGAGUGGUCGUCGUUCCGCUCAGGUGACGAGUCGGACGGGUUUGAAGUGACGCGCCCGGGCAAAGCGGGUGUCUCGGAGCACACGCUGCGACUCCAGCUCGUGCGGCAGCUCUCCCCCGAGCGCUUCAACCUCUCGUCCGACUUGUUUGCUGCGCUGGCGCCGCAUCUGGCGCACGCAUCGCCCGAGGCCCAGACGCGCCAGGACGUGCUCAAGGCGGCGUGGGACUAUAUCAAGAUGAAGGACCUCCUGCACAUCGACGACUGCCGCGUCAUCGUGAACGACGACGCGCUCGAGCGCGUGUUUGAGUGCAAAGAGAUGCCGUUCCAGUCGCUCGCGGCGCAGCUCCAAAAGCAUUUGACGCCGACGCUGCCGUUCACGGCCGAGUACCAGCUGCCGCUCGGCACACUCCAAGAAAAUCUCGUCAUCGACGAGCAGCGCUUCCAUGUCGAAAUUCCGCUGUGCGACGACCUCGACCGCGUGCGCAAGACGUGCUUGGCGACGUGUGCGCGCUUGGACGAAGCCGCGGCGGCCGAGGCCGACCGGCUCCAGACCAAGAUUGAUAGCAUUGUGCGGGAAAUCAACCGCCACGUGACGCGCCAUGAAUGGAUGACGCAGUUCACACAGGACCCGAUGACGUUCAUGGACCAUGUCGUGGCGUCCCAAGACACGGACCAAGAGCUGUUGACACUCGGGACGGACAAGCCGGCGUCGGCCACUGACGCGUCGUUUCGAGGUCCAUGGGUCCACAGUACGAUGGAGAUGCUUUUGCAGCGCGAAUAAAAAGCAUGAAAAAAGCUUCGGUCGCUUUUUAAAUGGA